CCCCUGCCUCUCCCCCCUUCCUCCUCGUGCCGCGCCUCGCUCUCCCUCGACGCGCCCGCUCGCCCGAGCUCGCGUACGCCAUGGCCGUCGACGCCAUCGCAGCCAUCGUGCUCCCCGCGCCGUACGAAUUUUUCUCGAAGCAUCCUCGUCGUCGUCUCCUUCGUCCCCGACCAUUGAAUCAAGCCGGGAGGGCCCGUACGCUCGCCAUCAAGCUCGUCGUCACUGCGUACAUCAUCGUCGCCGCCGUUGAUUGCCGCCACUUCGACCGUACCCGGCCCCACCGACCACUGUGUCGUGACCGCUAUGACGGAUCCCAGGAGUCAGACGACGCCACUGAUGACUACUACUACCCGGAGGAUGCCUACUACUACGUGAAGACUGCAGACGACUAGGAGUAGUUAGGAG